GUCAUCACCCGGCGACCAGAUUGUUGUGUCAGUAAAGAGGAAGAAAUGGCUGCAAGGUUACUGCUCCGCUCCGCUGUCAGAGCCGCCACAACGUGCCGGGCUGCCCGGGUCCCUGCCCUGACCCGCAGCAUGGCGACUGGAGGGAUCCCCACCGACGAGGAGCAGGCCACAGGACUGGAGAGGAUCAUUAUGGAGGCCAUGAAGGAGGGAAAGGAUCCCUACAACAUGAUGAAGGCAAAGUGGUACAGCGGCACCAAGGACGAUCCAAACCUUGUUCCCUCCAUCACAGACAAGAGGAUUGUGGGAUGUGUCUGUGAAGAAGACAACACGUCCGUGGUUUGGUUCUGGAUUCAUCAGGGCGAUGCCCAGCGCUGCCCGUCCUGUGGUUCCUACUACAAACUGGUCCACUAUGAGCUCCCCCACUAACCUAUAACUAACCUCUGAUAUCACAGACGUGUACCGCGCAGCCGUGUCUCUGCACAGCGUUUGCUUCUCUUUGAAAUAUUCCAUCAGAACGAGGCGAAGAAGGAUCAGACGGCGAUGUUUUCAUUCCCCCGUCUCCGGGAGGUCUUAUUGUAUGAGCCGUCGUCUGAUUGGUCCUUGACUUGUUCUGUCUCAGUACUUGAUCCACCUGCUAACCUCAUCAGUCUUUGCUUUACGUGUUAAACUUACAGAGGGAUAAAAUGUGGUUUGGGACACAACUGUUUCUUUCAAAACAUUUCCAUUCAGCUGCAGUUUACAUUGACACAUGUACUGUACAAUGUUACACUCGGUCCACUUAUUCCUUUUAUUGAACCAAUAAAGUCUUCAACUUAU